AUGGAUUGGACUUUCGUCUCGCCCUCAACUCCCGGCAUCAACGAGACUUUCCCCAUCACCCCCUUGACCUUUGAGCUUCGCGUCACAAACUGGGCCUACGGCGUCCAAAUCGACAAAGUGCACGUAGCAGCCGGCGAAUCGCUGAUCAAGAUCCCGCCGUACAAGCGCACGGUCGAGUUCAUCGGCGACAGCCUUUCGGCCGGCAUGUACACGAGCUACGAGGGCCUGUCUAGCUUCGCAUAUGGCGUCGGUGCCGGCCUCGGCGACACCGAGUAUUAUGUUACCGCGUACCCGGGCAUCUGCGUCUCGGACCAGGACUGCUGGGGGAAUCCGCGCGGGCAGGCCCACCAGUGGUUUUACGCGUCGGAUACGAGCUGGCGGGCGUCGCAGAUAUGGGGAGACGAGCCGGAGCCGUGGGCCUUUGAGAAACAGGAGACGACUCCGGACAUCGUGAUUAUCAACCUCGGCACCAACGACAACAACGCCGCAAAUAACGUCAGCACGGAGACGUACGUCGACGCUUACAAGAAGCUAAUACAGGGCGUUCACGGGAAGUACCCCAAAGCGCAAGUCGUCGUGAUGCAACUAUGGAUGGGCUUCUACUCCUACGGCAACAGCUACCAGCAAAACUUAGGCUACGAGCAGGAACUCAAGGAUAUCGUGUCCUACUUUAACUCGGACGAAUACCUCUCCGCGCCCGCGAUAUGGGACGGUACGACGAACACGACGACCGUCCUGGACACACCGAGCGAGUCUUUCGUGCAUUACUUUAGUACCAAGGGCAUCAUGCAGCAUAAUGAUAUCGGACCGCAAUGGCAUCCGACGGACGUCGGUGCUAUAAAGGUGGCUAGUCACUUGACACAGUUCAUCAAGUUGACGUUUGGUUGGGAACUGGUCGCUACUGGUCCCGAACUCGGUGAGAUUGAGAUUCGUAUCUUCGCCAUCGUCAGCGUUCAUGCCGCCUUUUUGGCUGACGGCGGUGUCAACGGCUCGAGGCUAGCCCUGCAGAAAACGUACGAUUUGCACAGAUUAGAUCGAGGCUACCCGAAUAAGGGUUUACCGGCCGAUAUGAUGUGUUAUAUCGCAGCUCGCGCUAAUGUAAUCGACGGCUGUCCCGGAUAUCCGCAGGGUGUGGCCGCGUCUAGCGGUGGAGCUCUAGCCGACGCAACGGCGCUGCUGCUAUAA